GUGCAAUAAGCGCUACGGAUGAGCUCACUGAGCUAAGGCACAGGGCUCAGUGAGAGCCAGCACCGCUGGCUUAUACCAUACAAGACUACAGAACCAGCCUCAUGCUGCGCCCUGGGCUCGUCUCCUGCCCCCCGGUGCUGUCGACAGCAUUGUGACAUAUUUAUUUUUGUAUUAUUAUUUGGGCUUUAUCCUAAAGGGGAAGAGCAGCGGUGUCAUGGAGUUGUACUGCCUUGAGUCGGACACACUCUUGAAAGCACAGCCUGAUCCAAACAUCCUCAAUGAUGACAGAGUGUUUCAAAGUUUAUUAACUAUCGAGGAAAGGUUUUUACCCCAGAGUUCAUAUUUCCAGCGAGUCCAGAAGGAUAUCCAGCCUUUUAUGAGACGAAUGGUUGCGAGCUGGAUGCACGAGGUUUGUGAAGAGGAGAAGAGCAAUGAAGAUGUCUUUCCCUUAGCUAUUAAUUACCUGGAUAGAUUUUUAGCUGUAAUGCAAACCAGAAAGAGCUAUUUGCAGCUUUUAGGGGCUGUCUGCAUGUUUCUGGCCUCCAAGAUAAAGGACAGCAGGCCUCUCUCUGCAGAAAAGCUUUGCAUGUACACAGACAACUCCAUCACACCGCAGGAGUUGUUGGACUGGGAGCUGGUGGUGUUGGGAAAGUUGAAGUGGAACAUGGCCUCAGUUAUUCCAAAUGAUUUCAUAGAGCACCUCUUACACAGAUUGACCCUCCCCAAAGACAAGGUGGCUCUGGUCCGCAAACACACUCUCACGUUCAUUGCCCUCUGUGCCACAGACGACCGCCUUGCAAUGAACCCUCCUUCGAUGAUUGCCACCGGCAGCAUGGGGGCGGCUGUCUGUGGCCUGCAGCUGGACUACAGUGACUCCAGGCUGAGUCGAGACAACCUGACCAACCUGCUAGCCAAGAUCACAAGCACUGAGGUGGACUGUUUGAGAGCGUGUCAAGAGCAGAUAGAGCGUGUUCUGGCCAGCAGCCUGCAGCAGGAGCAGCACCAGCGGCAAGACUCUGGGGUCAGGGCAGGAAACAAGGCAAGAGAACAGCAGGACCAGGCCAGUACCCCAACAGACGUACAAGAUGUCGAUUUAUGAACUCAUCAACACCAGGGCAGCGCCAGGAUCCAAAAGGCAUGUCUAGGAGCAUCUUUGUUAAGUUGCUUUAUAAAUGGUGGUGUGACAAUCUAUGAACUCUUAGAAUUUAUAUAUUCCUAGAUUUCUCAUUUUACCCCUUUCACAAGCAGAUGGUUUUAUUUUGACCUAUUGUAUGGGGCAUACUGUAUGUAUUCCAUCAAGCUAUUUAAAUGAUCAUGUCUUGAAAACUUGAUAGUCCUUUAGGUUAGAGUGUAACCUAAACAUAUUUUCAUACUUGAAUGGAUGCCAUAGUGAUAUGAAAUAUACAUAAUCCUUUUGAUAGCGUGAUUAUAUAUAUAUAUAUAUACACAUACACACACACCCCUACACACACACACACACACACACAAAAUCUGAUUACAGAGAUUUAGUAUUUCAUUUUCUUUCAAGUAUCAAUUUACUAUCUUCCUCUGUGAUUCAUAUACAAGUAUAGUAUAGUACAUGAACGAUGAUGCUGAAAUAAUAGAGCAGAUGGCAUUUUUAGCAAGCUGAUUAGCCACCAGAGGGCACUGUUGUUGCUGACUCAAGGAGAGAAUGCCUUUCUGUCACAGCUAAUGUAUGCUUGUGUGCUGGCAGAGUGGGCUGGGCCUGCUCAAAGAAGGCACCACAAUAGGAUUGAGACUAGGUUUAAUUUGGGGUUUUCUCCCGAAAUAUCUGAGAAAAGGUCAGUUGUUUAAGCCGUUGAAUUUGGUCAGAUGAAAUGCAUUUGCACCAGGAAGGUGACUGCUCAUACUGUCAAUGUAUUAUUUCUUUUGUGUGUGUCAGAAAGUGACAACAAUGGAGAUGGACUAUAGGCCUCUGAGAGAUUGUAUGAAAAUAACAAAAGAUCCAGCAUGUUUUUAUUGGGAUGCUAACAGUUUAAUGUAGGAUGAGGGACUUUAGCAUGCGUUGAAAAGGAAAGUAAGUGUAUAUCGAAAGAAGACUGGCGAUUAGGAUUGAAUAGUCGUAUGGAGGAACAUAAACUUAAGCUAUGUUUGUACAAAUGCCAGUUACUUGAGUAACAAACUGGAGAUGCAAAGAUAUAACAUCUAUUCAGUAGGGGGAGACUGCCAGUGCCAGGGAGCACUUGGGUAGGUGACCAUUUCUCUUGUACCAAUGUACCGAUGAAUUGAGUUACUUGGAGUUUUGGAAAUGGGGCGCAUGGCUUGUAACGAUGUUGAUGCACUUUUUAAACACUUUAAAUUUAAGGGGAUAGUUUUAGAGGCAAGUUAGUGGGCUAUUGGGGCCAUUUUUUUUUUUCUUUUAAGUUAUUUGAUCUUUCUGGGCUGGAUUCCCAUGGGGUGUUCGGUAAUCUUGAGCCGCACCCCAACAGGUUAGGCGUUGGAUUUUCCAUAUUAUAGUUGUGUUAAAUGACACCAUAAUCAGUUGCAAUGCAAACUAAGGAAAGCCGAGUCACACUUGGAUUCAGUGCUUCCUGUUUAAUCUUACUUGAAUUUUAUGAAUUCAUAGCCAAACCUUCCAAUAGUUCUUCCAAAGAGUUUGUGAUGAUUUGUGUUCUUAUGUUUUUCUGUGUCAGAGGCUCACAAAAAGGAGCUGCCAUCAUAUAAACUCGAGAUAUGAUUAGAGGUUACAUGAUGUGAAUGUGUAAAUAACCAAUUUCCCACGAGGAAAAAUCUUAGUCAUUGCAUUUUAGAUAAAACAACUAAAUAGUACUCAUGGUUAUACAUGGUUUGUUGUAUAGAUAGCCAAAAGGUUUUCGUGAAAGAACUUAAAAAUGGCAAUUGUUUAUGCUUUUAAAGCUAUUGUGUAUAAAAUCCAAAGACAGAAAAAAUAUAAUUCAAAAUUUUCCUUGCUGCUAUAAAGCCUUUCUUAUGUAGUCUUACACAACUAUGUCUGCAUUAUUGUGAUUUAUGUGUGUGCUGCUAUAUUAUGAAAUGUACCUUUUACCAGUCUUCUUAGCUUUUACCCAUGUAUGUGUACUGGAGGGACCACCAUGACAGCUCCGCGUGGGACUGGAAGCUCUUUGUGUAUGCCAAUCAGUUGAUUUGCAUGUUUUUAUAUCUUAUUCUCGAUAUUACAUUCUUGCUGCUUUAUGUACCUAUUCUUGUGUACCUCAGGUUAAUUGGAUGAAUAAAGCGAGAGCCACUCUUGCAUUACCUCAUGCACACUUCACACACAUUUGACGGGUUUCACAUUUAAAAAAAAAAUUUACCGUGCCUAUAUUUAAAAUGGGUGAAUUUCAACUAUCUGGUGCUAAAUCAGAAAUGUGGAUGACAUGACAUGGCCUAUUAUUUCUACUUUGAGAGUUUCACAUGUAAAAUCAGUUCUGUUGUGUUCUUCAAAGUGUCCUGCUCCAACCUGUUCACUUUGUGGUUGUACAAUUCUGACGUCUCCUGACACAAACAGCCAUGCAGUGUUCCUCAAUUUCUCUUCAAUAAAUUGGCUAAAACUA